AUGAGCUGUUGUGACAAGGCCAAGUCUAUUAUUCAUCCUAUUCUUGAUCAGAUGUGGAAGGAUUGCGAUGAAGGAAAUCAUGAUAAAAUAAAGGAAUACUAUCACCCAGAUGCAUUCCUCAUAGAAGUUGGCAAAAAAGGUUUUUAUGGAAGAGACGCAAUCAAGGAGGAAAAGUUGAGAUUUUGCGAGAAAAUCGGCAAAGCGGAUAAGCAUAACAUGAAGCUCUCCAAUGAACACUAUCAGAUGAGCGACGACUAUAUUUUUUAUUGUGGUGAAUCCGAACUCAAAACAGAAAAGGCUGGUACCAUCAAGGGAAAAUUCCAUCAGAUUUGGCGAAAAACCAAUGGGAAAUGGGUACUAUUGCGCGAAGCAUGGGAGACGAAUGAUAUCUAA